UAUGGGGACACAAAAUGCACACAUAUACACAUACAAACAUCAAUAAUCGAGCAGCGGAAAAUGGAAGAAGAAGAAAGGAAGGAAAAUUGGGUGAGGAGUGGUUGAGGGUUGUUGUGGUGUUAUUAAGAGAAAAUUGCGUGCUGUUGGGCUGUCUCAAUCCUUGCCUUUUUUUUUGCUAUUUUCUCGGAAAUUAAUGUUGGUUGAUUACUUUUUUUGCAGAGGUGCUUCAUGUAGUAAUGGAGGAAAAAAUUAUUUUUAAUAAUGGACCUAACAAGUUUUUUGGGACUAAAUGUCUCGGGAAUGAAAUUUUUGGGAUGAAAUGUCCGAAACUCAAAUUCUGGGACAAAAUGUCUUGGAGCUUAAUUUCUUUCGGGUUUGAAA